GGCCGGUGUCGGGAACGCGCUUUGCGGAUUCCGGCCUGAAAACCGAGGGAUCCCGAUCCCAGCGGAUCCCGGGCGGGCGCAGCAGGAUCGAGUGGGAAUGGGAGCUUUAAACAGCCGUCAGGAAGCGGGGCUCGAGGAUCUGGAGAUCCCCCCGGGAUCGGUUUAUAGAUACCCCCCAAAAACCGGAAAUUACUUUGCCAGUCACUUCAUCAUGGGAGGAGAGAGGUUCGACUCGACUCAUCCUGAAGGCUACCUGUUUGGAGAGAACAGUGACCUCAAUUUUCUGGGACUCCGCCCAGUACCUUUUCCCUAUGCUGCUCCGCCCCCUCAGGAUCCAGUGAAGACAUUGCGGAGCCUGAUAAACAUCCGGAAAGACACGCUUCGACUGGUCAAGUGCAGUGAGGGGGCGAAGAGUCCAGGCCAGGAACUCCCCAAACCCAAGGUCUACUACAACGUGGAGUUUACUUUUGAUGCUGACGCUCGGGUGGCAAUCACACUCUAUUACCAAGCAACGGAGCAGUUUCAGAAUGGCUGUGCCAGUUACACAGUGAAAGAUAACUCUCUCCAAUCGGAAACAGUACACUACAAACGUGGGGUGUGCCAGCAGUUCUGUCUGCCGUCUCACACCAUCGACCCAACAGACUGGAUGGAGGACGAGCAACAGAAUAGGGAAUGA